AUGGAGAUCAACCCGACUCUCUUGGAAAUAUGGACUUUGUAUGCUGUUGCGACUUUGAUGAUUGCGACGAGGGUAUUUUGCCGCACGAAGCAAGUGGGCGUGUCUGGAUUUCGACCUGACGAUGACAUCAUCUUCUUCACAUGGUCUCUCUACACUUCUGUAUGCGUGAUGGCAACGCUCUUCGCGCUGAUUGCCCAAGGCAAACACACCUCGCUCCUGACCCCGGAACAGCGCGCGACAUUGCCAGAAUCAGAAUUCUAUCAGUGGGAAUACGGCUCGAAGAAUUUCGUCGCAGGCAUGAUUAUCUAUGCGACAGUAGUGUGGUCAUUGAAGUUCAACAUGUUGUUUUUCUAUCGAAGGCUGGUUGCGGGACAGUGGGUAGACAAGUUUAUAUUCCCUGUCAUGGGUCUAGUUGGUGCCACGGCGGUUGCGAUGGGUCUGAUCAUUGCCCUGACAUGCCUCCCUCUCUCUCUCAUGUGGCAAAUUCGCCCAGAUCCAGGAGAGAAUUGUGUGCCACAAAACAAAAUUUACUUCUACAGCAUCUUCGUGAUGAACGUCACCACAGAUCUUUGCAUAAUUGCCAUUCCUAUACCCGUGAUAAGUCUCGUUAGAGCCUCGAUUUGGCGCAGGAUUGGAGUAUAUUUUCUUUUCAGCUUGGGAGUUUUCAUCAUGGUCGCUGCGACAAUCCGUGUGGUUCUCAUUUUUCACCCUACAGGUGGCUUUGGCCCAGGGGCAAUGUGGUCAAUUCGUGAGGACUUCAUUGCCAUUUUCGUUGGGCAGGCCCCCAUGGUGGUGCCUCUUUUCAAACGGAGAGUAUGGGCUCAAUUCUACCACAAGUACAAGUUCACACCGAAAUCAAGUCAGGGCUCGGAUGGUAUAGAGUUGAGUGAUGGGAUUUCCAGCAACCACAACGACAAGAAGAAACCGAAAGAUCCUCUAGGAUUUACUCAUGUUACAAAUGCGACCCUUGGAACACGAAAUGAAGCAACCUCAGUUGCCAAGAAUAGCUCAGAAAGUUCAGCGGUUGCGGUGGAGGAAGUUUACAUGUUAGGUCCCAUCAGAGACUUCGGGCCAGACUUAGGAGCCAUAGAAUUUGUCUCGAGAGAAGAUCGGCACAGUCUCGAGAUUACUGCUAUGUCUUAUGCGCCGGCGGCGCUCUAG